AUGUCACUAUUCAGGUCAAGGUACCCUCUCUCUCUUCCUUCUUCCAACUUGUUUCUUGUUCGAUUCUUCUCUCACAAUCACAAUCCUGUUGCUGUUGAUGAUGCUCUUUUCACAUUCAAUCGCAUGCUCAAUACAAACCCUACCCCUCCCAUCUUACAAUUUAACAAGAUAUUAGGUUCCCUCGUUAAGGUUCAACAUUUUCAAACUGCUAUUUCCCUUUUUCGACAAAUGGAUCUUCGAGGAAUUCGAACCAACACUGUUAGUUUGAACAUCUUGAUUAAUUGUUUCUGCCACCUAGCUCAACUCAAUUUUGCAUUUUCUAUAUUGGCCAAGAUUCUCAAGCUAGGUUAUCACCCUGAUACAAUAACAAUGAAUACACUUAUCAGAGGUCUCUGUAACAGUGGCAAGCUUCACAAAGCCCUUCACUUUCACGAUGACGUUAUAGCAAACGGGUUUCAACUUGAUCAUUUUAGUUAUGGAACAUUGAUUAGUGGUUUAUGUAAAAUAGGAGAAACAAGAGCUGCUAUGCAGGUUCUUAAGAAGAUCGAAGGGUCAUUGGUUAAGCCUAACGUGGUAAUGUACAACACAAUUUUUGAUAGUUUGGGAAAGGAUAAACUUGUGAAUGAUGCCUUCGCUUUAUAUUCUGAAAUGAUUGUUAAAGGAAUUUCUCCUGAUAUUAUCACUUAUACUACUUUAGUAAACAGCCUUUGCAUUGUCGGUCAAUUGAAAGAAGCAAUUGGUUUGUUAAAUGAAAUGUUGUUGAAAAAUAUCAGCCCGAAUGAUCGUACUUUUAACACACUCGUUGAUGGUUUAUGUAAGGAAGGAGAGGUGGAAAAAGCUAGAUAUGUGUUGGCUGUUAUGAUAAAACAAGGUGUGAAACCUACUGUUGUUACUUAUACUUCUUUGAUGGAUGGAUAUUUCUUGGUUAAAGAAGUGAACAAGGCUAAACACAUAUUCAACUCUUUUGCUCGAAGAGGAGUGGAACCUAAUAUUCACAGCUACACUGUCAUGAUUGAUGGAUUAUGUAAGAGUGGAAUGGUGGAUGAAGCUGUGAAUCUCUUCAAAGGAAUGCAUUUGAAAAACAUGGCUCCUAAUACUGUAACAUACACUUCCCUUAUUCAUGGACUUUGCAAAUCAGGGAGGAUCUCUGAUGUUUGGGAUCUUAUAGAUGAGAUGCAUGACAGAGGCCAGCCUGCUGAUGUGAUCACUUAUAAUUCUUUAUUGGAUGCUUUGUGCAAAAACCAUAAGGUUGACGAGGCAAUUGCAUUAUUAGCGAAGAUCAAAGACCAAGGGAUUCAUCCGAGCAUGUAUACAUACACAAUACUUGUUGAUGGACUAUGCAAAACUGGAAGAAUUAAGGAUGCACAAAAGGUUUAUAGGGAUCUUACGAUUAAAGGCUAUCAUUUAGAUGUUAGGAUGUAUACUGUGAUGAUUAAUGGCCUUUGUAAAGAAGGAUAUUUGGAUGAAGCAUUGUCCUUAAUGUCAAUAAUGGAAGACAACAAUUGCACACCUAAUGUUGUAACAUACGAAAUUCUUGUUCGUGCUUUCUUUGAAAACAACAAGAAUGAUAAGGCGGUGAAACUUAUUCGUGAAAUGAUUGCUAGAGGUCUACUACAAGAUUAA